CGCGAAUUGCAUGUGAUGGAGCCCCUUGGUUUCUAAGUCUGGGAUUGAAUUGAGUUUCUCCAUUAACAAGUGAGCGACAUGGGAGGUCCCGGUGAUACCUGAGUGACGGCGCCAGAGCCCCUGGGAGAUCGGCAGCCAGAGCGCCACGUGACACUUCCCAAGGACCAAUGAGGACGAGUUAUGGGCCACCUCUGGUUGGAGAGGUCUCUCUUAAUAGUCACUUUACUCAGCUUGCUCGCCCCCGGAAGUGGCGGGUACAUAGAAACUAUGAGGAAGGAUAGAGAAGAGGCUCUGCUGGUGAUCCAUGACGUGGCCACGGAGAACAUGGGAGCGCUGUGCGUUACCGAGCCUUACCGUUCGCUCAAGGUACCCCUGGCCACAUCGCAGUACGAGGGCGCACAACAGAAAGCUGAUAUGGCGGCCAUGCUGCUACAGGACCUCGGAGUUUCUCACCGCAGUGGUCUGAUGGACGCGCUGGCCCGGAGCUUGCUGGUGUCGGACCGCCACGUGCUGACGGCUCGCGUGCUCGCCCUCAAUGCUUCGUCCAGCACCCUGAUCAACUCGGUGUCGUGGCAGCGCCAGUUCGUUGUGACGCCCACGCUUAUGUCCGGAGGUCUGGACCACUCGCUUCUCUUCGAGCUGGGCGGUCCCCACCGCUUGCAAGAGGAUGGACUGCGCACGGGAUUUCGCCCCGACCCGAGGUACCCCUGGUACGAGAAUGCCGACACCAGUCCGGGGCUGUGGUCUCCCAAAUUCAUGCCAAGUCCAACCAAUAUGUCUUUCCGGGGCUGGUGGACCUUCCCGUAUUUCUCCUGCUCCGUCCGUCGCUGGCUGCUCUCUUACAGUGUGUCCAUACCGCCCCCCACCAAACACGGGGUGAAAGGUUUCUUGAGUCUGGACAUCGAUGUGUCCGGUCUGGAAGUGAACCAAUGUGACUUAAGUUCCGGUCCGAAACUCUCCAAUCAGAUUGAAGUGCUCAGAGGCACCCACAAAUGUCACAAUGAUACCACACAGUGCGUAUUCCGACCUGGGCUUGGCUGGAUGCGCGGCGGUUACCAGUGCGUCUGCCGCCACGGCUUCUACUCUUUACGUCAGAAGGGCGUCUUUAACGGCAGUCUUGUUGAAGCGGCGUGGUUGGAGCACGAGCAGAACGUCAGCUCGCUGUAUCACCAGAUGUUCCGAUGUCUCAAGUGUGCCCCUGGUUGCGAGACCUGUCACAACAAUGCGCCUUGUUUGGCCACUUACAACUGGCCCUUCAGGAUCUCGCUGCUAGCGGUAUCAGUCUCGUGUGUGGCGUUCACUCUGGGUCUAGUUGGCUAUGUUUACCAGCACCGCAAGAUCAAAGUGUUCAAAGUGGCCAGUCCUAUCUUCUUGUGCAUCACUCUUCUUGGCUGCGCCAUCAUGUAUCUCGAGAUGGCAGCCAUCUUUCCAGUGCUGGAUCUCUACUCCUGCAUAGCAACAAAAUGGAGCCGACAUCUUGGUUUCUGCAUAACCUACACAGCUCUUCUCAUGAAGACGUGGCGAGUCUCGCUAACGUACCGGGUGAAAUCGGCGCACAAGGUGAAGCUCACUGACAAACAGCUGUUGCAAUGGAUGUUUCCUAUAUUGCUGGUGAUGCUUAUCUACCUGGGCACGUGGACCCUGAGUGCACCGCCAAUAGCAGAGCAGAUCCGUGACCAGGCGGGCCUCCGCUUCAAGCAGUGCUCCUACAAUUGGUGGGACCACAGCCUGGCCAUUGGAGAGGUAUUAUUCCUCUCUUGGGGAAUAAAGGUCUGCUACAAUGUGAGGAAUGCAGAAUCGCUGUAUAAUGAAGCCCGUCUCAUCAGUUAUGCCAUCUACAAUAUUGCUCUUGUCAACACAGCUAUGGUCGCCUUCCAUUUGUUCAUCUUUCCACAAGCUGGUCCAGACAUCAAGUAUCUUCUGGGUUUUAUCAGAACUCAGCUUAGCACAUCAGUCACUGUAGGGCUUGUUUUUGGGCCCAAAGUCGUGCGAGUAUUACGAGGUCAGGGAGACCAGUGGGACAACAGAGCAAGAGCAAGAGGCGUCACAGCUUCCUUCUCUCUGAAUGGAAUUGGACUGAUGCCUGAAGAAACUGCUGAUUUAUACCAGGAAAAUGAGGAGCUCAAGAAAGUAUAAACUUGUAUGGUGACUGCUGCUUCUUUGCGAAGUCAGUGCCAACUUUAGUGGAUGGACGGUGUCACGUGGUCAGCACAACGAAUCCCCACAGCCGUUAUUUCGGUUUUCUAGACUGGAUUGAACUAUGAAUAUUAUUUUUGUACCUCAAAAUUUCAAAUGUUAGUUUUACACCACUGUGCAGCUAGAUUCUAUAAACGUCUCAACCAUAGGCCCCAUAUAGCAACAUAAUUUAGAACCUAAGGAAAAUACACACUUGUGUAAGUGAUAAAAAUGCUUAUGUACAGAAGUGGAAAUAUCUUAAUUACUUGAAUUUCGUUAUAUGAAUAAAUUAUCGAAUAAGAGUUCUUCACUCUGCAGAAAUUGUAAGAAAUAAACAUUUCUCACAGUCACAGAAGUGGUCUGAUGAGGAACUGACUGUAGCAUACUACAUUUAUAUUUGCUGUAUGGUGUCUUGCACAAUAAUAUGGUGGAAUAAUGAAUUACAAAAUUCAAAUGUGUGCAUGUAUGUAUGCAGUUAAUGUACUCGUAUAACACAUUUUGCAACCAGAAGAUAAAAGAGUUCAGAGCAUCAUCGUGACUGGUUCUUCUUAUUGCUUUGAUAAGUAACUGCAUAGCUCGUUAAGAAGUACAGGCAUAUGAAUUUGGUGUGUAGAUAAGAGUUUGAAUUUGUUUACAUGUCAUUAUCAAUUCUGUGAAUUACAUGAAAUAUAUAUGUCAAUCCAUCCAUCUCUCCGUCCAGCGACACACUUCAUUUUACAAUGUGCAUUACAGAGUUUGACUGAUUCCGGUUAUGAGGUUCUUUAGUAGAAGCUACUGUGAUUUAUUGUAAGAAAAAUUAUUUCACAUCAUAAAAUUUAGAGCUCAUUAAGAUCUCAUCUUUUGUUUGUAAGAACUUUUAAUGUGACGUAUAUUUAGCAAAUUAAAAGGAAAUUAUAUUUAUAACUCUGCCUGAUGUAAUCACUGACUAAUAUUUUAGUAAUGGAAGUGUAACUGCAAAAAUGAACAUCAAGACCAAUAUUUGAUGAAAGAAUGCACCUGGAAAAUUUAUUUGGCAAAUUGUAAGAUACCUCUCAACUUUUAAUGUAUAGAUUGACUUUAGCUAAGCGAAAAAUUGUCACUGAAUGAAUUAGUUAAAUUCCCAGGAUAAAUCAUCUGAGCAGACAUAGAGUGAAUGAAUGUAUGAAGCAUGUCAUUUUUAUCAUACAAGACACUGCAUGUAGUAAAUGCAUAACAAAAUUGCUUAAGAAAAAAAAAACACAUCAUCUGUAUGCUGAGAUACAAUUUAAUCUUCAAAGGAAAUAAAAAAAUGCUACAUGUAUUUAUAUAGAAUGUAGUUCAUCAUACAUAUUUGUGUGAUAGCCAAAAAAUUGAAAUGCAUGCAGUUCUAACAUCAAAAUUGUCUCUAUUGUCUAGUCCUAUCCAUAUCAUGUGUUAUGUUUUAAAGUGUAAUUUAGUAAUCAGAAUACACAUUUGUGAUGUAAAAAAUGACUUCUGUUACACAGAUUUGUAAUAAUAAGGGAAGUAUUUAUUUCAGUACAUAGUGAAGCUGCUUCUGAGGUUUUCUUUGACUUACAAAUUUUGAAAACUAUAAGUAGGGAAGCACAUUGUGCAUUACUUUGCUAAUUCAACUGUCUAAAAGUCAUGUAUAUCCAUGACAUACUAGUUGUCUUUAAAACCUAGAAGUAAAUUGCUACUACGCCUUACUUGCUUUUCCUUAUGUGUAAUGUAUGACAUAUAAUAUCAACUGACAAAUGAUAUGGGAGUUCUGAAAUGCCUUACAAACUCCAGUUUUUUUUAUUGACAUCUCAAACCUGGUGGCAAGAAUCAAUUUUAUAUACAUUUUAGAUAUGUGUAAUUUUAUUAUUUUUAGUCAUUUUCUUUGAUUUUGUGAAAACAUAAUUUAUGUUUAUAAAAAUUCCAAGUUCUCUACUUCGGUGAAGAAAAGGUACUAAUAAUUUUAAAACCAAAAGUACUGAAUUUCUUGUACCAUAUUGCAAAAAGUAUAUUGACCUAUUAUGAACUAACAUCCUGCACAUCUAAUAAUAAACUUCAGCAGAUUAAAUAAAAUAAAUCACCAAGGUUUCAGAUAAAUUGUAAUUUUAGACUGAUCCACUUUUCUGUCAUAGCUCUAUCUUCAUGUUGAAGUGUUUAUACACAGUAUUUGUCAGAAACAGAAAAACAACAUUGUUUUGUUUGACUAGAAUUGUCAAACUGAUUUACGCCUUGUAGGAGUCAGUAUUCAUGUCAUGAAAUUCUUGGUCAAUAUACAUUAUUGUGCAAGGAAAGUAAUGCUCACUGUAGUUUUAAUGGGUUCAAAAUUAAUAUAAAUGAGCUUAUGUCUUUAAUUUCCUAUUUUUCUCAGCACAUGACAUAGCAUACAUAUGAAGAAAAAUGUUGUGAAUUGACACUAACAUUUUAUGUUUACCGUUUUAAAACGAAUCUUUCUUAAUCAGUAAAGCAGAAGAACGCUGUGAUAUUAAAGCAUAAUUGCUUACAGAAUGUAUUGAUUCUUUCAAUAACCGUGAUAAUACAGUAGACAUAACUUUAUUGAUACCUACAGCUGAGAGCUCUAGGCUUUCCCCAAAGAAAUACAUUUCUGAUAAGGUUCUUAUAAAGUUACUUAAGCAAAAGAACAAUAUGUUCCCUUGAAAUACAGAGUCUGUCUUCUUUCUAAUCCAAUUGCUCUUAUAAUUAUCUGCCACAUUAAAAAAAAAAAAGAAUCACAAUGCCAGCAUAGGGUACCACAAGUGUACCAUGACACAUUAUCACAAUCUA